AUGGGUUUCUACUCACUGGUUCAAAAGAAUGAGCCUGCACCCACAAGCCGAGCAGCUCAGAGGAAUCUGGGUGUCCCCAUACGACAUGCUGAACGUCGAGCUGCAGGGAGAACAUAUGAAAACAGAGCUUUUGAAGACGAUGAUUGCGUGGCCGUGAUAGAGCAGAGCCCCAACACGGCUGAUACUCGUGCCAGACCACCGGUCCCCAGCCUGGUCACAGUACAAAUGGACCCCACCUCUGAGGACCUUCAGGAGGACACCCAGCUCCCACUGGAUGACCACUCGAUCACUGUGGAGACCUAUCCAGAGCCCAUCCUUGACACAGAGAUUGAUCCUCCCCUGGAGGAGGAGAAGGGCUGCAGUCUGUCCCAGCCCAGCAUCCAGCUGAAGUGUGUGGAGGACUGGGCGAGUAGUGGAGGAGACAACCAUGGUCCCUGCCAGGAUGCCCUGCCUCCUCCAUCAUCCUUGCCCUCCCACUCGCCUUCCCCCUCCCCACCUCCUGGGCGCGAGGAGGGCCUGCGUUCGUCAUUGACCCUUCAGACUGCUGAGCCGUACGCAGCACCCGUCCACCACAGCCUCAGCAUCUCCCACGGCACCCCUCCCCUUCUCAUCUCUCACCACGUCUCCUUGGGGCUCACUACGGUUGCUGUGGAUGUCCACUUUUACCCAACAGCCACCGCUGCGGUGGCAGUGGCCACCAGCACUCAUAUUAACUCUGUCGCUAACACCACUUCAGUGGCAGCACCUCUUUUUAACUCCCCAUUGGCUAACAGCCAGGAGAAUGACCAAUCAGCUGCCAGAACGCAUCAGAGUAAGUAAGUAAGAGCAUCAGGAGUGAAGUUCCUGAACGUGCUGAUAUGACCAGCCUGAUGGACAGCUCAUCUCCUCGUGACUGAUUACCAUCCGCUCAUCUGGUUACAGUGAUGAAAAUCUCUCAUGAAUUUGUGCAAACGAGGUAAAAGACCAUCUUCAGCAGAAAUAAUAUAAGCUCUGAGAUAAAGUCACCUGAAGGACAUUACUGUCCACAUCUUUUUGUGGACAUUUUUGUAAAUAUUUUUUUAGCUGUGGUACAACACUUUACUUCCUGUACCUUCCUGUGCUAUCACUUGCUGUUUUAUUACUGAAUUUAUUAAUUAUCAUAGGCUUUUGUUGCAACAAUUUUUAACUGUGGUAGAUAUUUUCAGGUCAGCUGGUGCUAGUCUUACUUUUACUAUAUCAUUCUUUAUUUUAUUACUGAAACAUGGCAGAACAAAACUGUUGUGCACAAAUGGGUUUACUUUUGUUUUACUCUAGAUGUCUUUACUCACUUGGAUCAUUCUUUAUGUUGUAAAGUAACUUAUGAUGAGGUGAAUGAGAUGUAUAGCCUUGAAUCCUCCAGCAAACAGCCAAGGAUAGAAACUAUAUAGAUAUAAUAUUGCAAUUCAUGUGGUUGUACACGGCCUGUUGAGGUGAGCUGUUAUUUUCCUUGCAUCAAGCUACUGACUGUUACAUCUUUAUUGAAACCAAAGGAAGCUGGAGUGGGGCUAAUUCUCAUGAGACUUUUACACAACAAUCACAGACUAAUCGAUAUCUUCAUUGAACAUUUUGUAUUGUACGUAAUUCAGACAUGACCUUCACUUUCAAAGGUGUUGUUUUUUUUGUUUUGUAAUGUUGUCUGUGGAUGUAAAAUAUAUUAUUUCAAAGUGUUUACCAUAAUUAUCUGCAUACUGUAAUGUAAAAUAACCAAUGUGAUGGGAAUUUGUUUUGCAUCGGGUAAAGAUAAGAAUAUGAAACAAGAAAGGGCAUUUCAGAGAUGAAACCUAAAUCUGAAAUUAUGUAAUUCUCACCUCUGGAGAUAUGGAUGAUUGCAUGUUACGGACGAUUGCAUGGUGAGUCAGAUGCAACGCGGAUGCCUGA